UCGCGAUUUCUAGAAAUUUGUGAUUAACAACCUUCAACGUUCUGCUGCCCCAAGUUGUGCAAACUUCACCAAUGCCUAGAAGCCCAAGUCCAUCAGCACGCAGACGAAACUCUCGGUCGCCAGACCGUUAUCGACGUUCUUCAGAUAACUAUCCUAGAAGGGAUCGGCAAUACAACUCACGCUCACGCUCUAGAUCUCCAUAUGCCCGAUCGCCUCGCUCAAGGUCACCCCAGCGAAGAAAUGCGUCUCGAUCGCGAUCACGCUCCAGAGAGAGACAAAGACGACCUGCACAAAAUAAGAAUCGAUCAUCCGGUGGGCCCAAAAAGUACGAAUGGGGAAAACCAGAGGACAACAAAGUGGAGGAGGAGCCGGAAGUACCCGUCAAAAAAGCAGAAGCUAAUUUUGGUUUAUCCGGGAAGCUUGCUGCUGAAACGAACACUUAUAAAGGUGUUGAAUUGAAAUACGUUGAACCUGCGGAAGCACGAGAACCAACUAAAAAAUGGAGACUCUAUGUAUUCAAGGGAGACAAGCAAAUUGAUGUUCUCCACAUACAUCGUAAGAGUGCAUAUCUGUUUGGUAGAGAUCGAGUGGUUGCCGACAUACCCGUAGAUCAUCCUUCUUGCUCCAAGCAACACGCAGUGUUACAGUUUCGGUCUGUUAACGAGAAGAAUGAAACGAAUGGUCAAGUCCGGCGAGUUGUCAAACCGUUUAUCAUCGAUCUGGAAUCUACAAACGGAACGCAUUUGAAUGGUGACAGGAUACCAGAUACUCGUUAUAUUGAGCUCAAGUUGAGCGAUGUGCUUAAAUUUGGGGACAGCACGAGAGAAUAUGUAUUACUACACGAAGAGGCAUCCAAAACUCUAUAAUCUGUGGUGAUCGCUGCCUUCGUCACGACCACCAACACUUCUGUAACUUUGAUGUCGGAUGAUUUAUUGUCAAACCCAAAGUUAUUCAAUUGCAACAAUGAUGCAAAUAAAUCUUGAAAAAAAGCGAAAAAGUCAAAAUUAUAUACAAGUGGGAUCGCCGACAGCUCAUAUCUUCAAUUUGCUCAACUCUUCCUCCAAUGAUUUGGCUUUGGUGAUCUUGUCUAAUUGCUCUGCGUUAAGCGAUGUACCACUAUUUUGUUUAGCCUUCAAUUCGUCAAUUUGUCUAAGCUUCUUCUGAAGUGCCUUGAUCUUUUUCUCCUUCUCAGUUGCUGCA